AUGUUGCAGAUCAAGAACUUGCAAGCCGAGAUCGAAGGCAAGCAGAUUCUCAAAGGUGUCGACCUCGAGGUCGGCAAGGGGCAAGUGCACGCCAUCAUGGGGCCCAACGGCUCGGGUAAGAGCACUUUGGCGCAGGUCUUGGCCGGCCGCGAAGAAUACGAGAUCACCGCUGGCGGGGUGUCGUUCAAGGAUCAAGACCUGCUCGACAUGCCACCCGAGGAGCGUGCCCGCGAGGGUGUGUUCAUGGCCUUUCAGUACCCGGUGGAGAUCCCCGGGGUCUCGAACACCUACUUCCUGAAAGCGGCGCUCAACGCCACCCGCAAACAUCGCGGCGACAGCGAGAUCGACGCGGUCAGCUUCCUCAAGCUGGCGCGGGAGAAGAUGAAGUUGGUCAAGAUGGAAGAGACGCUGCUCAAUAGGCCGGUCAAUCACGGCUUCUCGGGCGGUGAGAAGAAACGCAACGAGAUCUUCCACAUGGCGGUACUCGACCCUUGCUUAGCGGUGCUCGACGAGACCGACUCGGGGCUCGACAUCGACGCUCUGCGGGUGGUUUCGGAAGGUGUCAACACGAUGCGCUCGCCAGAACGCUCAUUCGUCGUCAUCACCCAUUACCAGCGUUUGCUGAGCUACAUCGUGCCGGACUUCGUCCACGUCUUGCUCGACGGCCGCAUCGUGCGCUCGGGUGGCAAAGAACUGGCCCUAGAGCUCGAAGAGAAGGGCUACUCCUGGCUCGAGGAAGAGGUCGCGCGGGAAACCGCCGCGGUCCCGGCCUGA